AUGGCAUCGCUGCUGUGCAACGCCCGCAUCCAGCUCACAGACACGCUGGAGCAGAUGCAGCAAGGGACGCUGAUGCGCAAAGUCAAGUCCAAGAGCUGGAAGAAGCAGCGUUACUUCAAGCUGCAGGAUGACUGCAUGACCAUUUGGUACCAGUCCAAGAGGACAGGCAAAAUUGAGUCUGCCUUCUCCAUCAGCGACGUGGAGACAGUGCGGGAAGGGCACCAGUCGGAGGUGCUGCAGAGCCUGGCCGAGGAGUUCCCCCCUGAGCGCUGCUUCACCAUUGUCUUCUACGGCCGCCGGGGCAACCUGGACCUCAUUGCCGGCUCGGCAGAGGAGGCGCAGUGCUGGGUCCAGGGCCUGCGCCAGCUCAUCGAGGUGGCCACCAGUAUGGACCAAAGGGAGAAGAUAGACCAGUGGAUUCGUGACUGGUUUCAGAAAGCUGACAAGAAUAAGGAUGGGCGCAUGAACUUCAAAGAAGUGCAGCGUCUCCUCAAGAUGAUGAACGUGGACAUGAAUGAGGAUCAUGCCCUGCGGCUCUUCCAGGCUGCUGACAAGUCGGAGUCGGGGACACUGGAAGGGGAGGAGUUUGUGCUCUUCUACAAGGCCCUCACACAGCGUGAGGAGGUGCUAAGCCUCUUCCAGGACUUCUCCGAGGAUGGGAAGAAGCUGACGCUGCUGGAGCUGGUGGAUUUCCUGCGGCAGGAGCAGCUGGAGGAUGAGGGCACAGAGGAGCUGGCCAUGGAGCUUAUCGACAAGUACGAACCAUCGGAGACAGUCAGGGCUCGCCACGCGCUGAGUGCCGACGGGUUCCUCAUGUACCUCUGCUCCCCGGAGGGCUCCAUCUUCAACCCUCGGCACCGGGUGCUGUGGCAGGACAUGAGCCAGCCGCUCUGCCACUACUUCAUCUCCUCCUCCCACAACACCUACCUGAUAGAGGACCAGAUCCGGGGCCAGAGCAGCAUUGAGGGCUACAUCAGGGCUCUGAAACGGGGCUGCCGGUGCCUGGAGGUGGAUUGCUGGGACGGGCCGAACGGGGAGCCCAUGGUGUACCAUGGCCACACCUUCACUUCCAAGAUCCCCUUCCGGGAGGUGGUGAGCACCCUGGGGAAGUACGCCUUCAAGACCUCGGACUACCCAGUGAUCCUGUCCCUGGAGAACCACUGCAGCAUGGAGCAGCAGGAGGUACUGGCCCAGCAGCUCAAGGACAUCCUAGGGGAACAGCUCCUCACCACCACCAUCGAUGGGCGCAUCCCCACUCAGCUCCCAUCCCCAGAGGAGCUGAAGCAGAAGGGGAAGAAGAUUGGGCGGCUGGAGGACAUGCUGGAUGGGCCAGGGGAUGAGGCACCUGAUGUGUCCGACGAUGACAACGGGGCAGAGGCAGAGGAGGAGAGGCGGAGGGUAAAGAAAGACAAGGAGAGCCUGGCGCAGGCAUUGUCCGACUGCGUCAUCUACUGCAAGAAUGUGUCCUUCCGGGGCUUCCAGGAAGCCCGCAGCCAUUCCCGGCCCUCUGAGAUCUCAUCCCUCGCCGAGGCCAAGGCCAGGAAGCUCAUCCGGGAUACAGGGAAUGAGUUUGUCCGCCACAACGCCUGGCAGCUGACGCGCAUCUACCCCAGCGGGAUGCGGACUGACUCCUCCAACUACAGCCCCCAGGAGAUGUGGAACGUGGGGUGCCAGAUUGUGGCCCUGAACUUCCAGACUGCUGGCACGGAGAUGGACCUGUGUGAUGGGCUCUUCAGCCAGAAUGGCCGCUGUGGCUACGUGCUCAAACCACCCUUCAUGAGGGAUGAGGAGACUCUCUUCAAUCCCAGUGACCCCAGCAGCCGUGAGGGCCCUGGCCCCAUCACCCUGACGAUCCAGGUGAUCAGCGGGCAGCAGCUGCCCAAAGUGGCCAACAGCAAGGAUGGAGCCAUCAUCGACCCACUGGUGCGUGUGGAGAUCCAUGGGGUACCUGCAGACCAGGCACACCAGGAGACCAAGUACAUCGAGAACAACGGCUUUAACCCCCGCUGGGAUGAGACACUCCAGUUCCAGCUCCACGUGCCCGAGCUGGCCCUCGUCCGCUUCGUGGUGGAAGAUUACGACAAGACCUCCAGGAAUGACUUUGUGGGCCAGUUCACCUUAGCCUUUGCCAACAUCAAACCUGGCUCCAGCCACAUCCAUCUCCUUUCCAAGGAUGGCACCAGCAUCCCACCCUCUUCGCUCUUCGUCCACAUCCGCAUCACUGAGCCUCCUGGCCCCGAGCAGGACUGA